AAAAAAAAAAAAAUAAGUAAAAAGAGAAAACCGAUGGGAAACAACAGUUUGAACUAUCGUGUAAAGUGGUUGGUCGAGUAUAAUGGCUUCGUCGGCGUCCGAGGUAUCGAGAGGUGCGAAGAAGCGAACAGUCUUAACCGGAAGACUUCGAGCGGACCUCACGAGUGGAAAUGCGGAAGUUGAAGACGAAGCUGGUCUCGCUUCGAGUCGAAACGGCGAAGAUGGUCGUGAUUCUGGCUUGUCUUCCGAGUCUUCGACGCCAACAGUGGGAUCGCCGAUACCGAGGCAACGAAAAGCUACGAGCAAUCCGAUUAAUAUCGCCACCUCUUCGGUGAAAUCACGUGUCACGAGUCAGACCGGAAGAAACGAUUGUGAUAAAACGACAAAGGUAUGGCGAAGUAGAUCCGUGACUGAUUCACCACGUUCCGUAGAUAGUACACGUAGUCGUCAGUUUUCCAGUCCUUUAAGGAUAUCAAGAAAUAUCCAGUCACCGAGUCUCGACUCUGGAGAUGAAGGAAGUCUCCGACUUGAUCGUGAUACCUAUCAACACAUGUUUCAAGACAUUGUUUCAAUAAAAACGAUGCUUCUGAAACUGAAACGAGUACUUCAAGAGAAUGGUCUCUUCUGCAACGACAGUGGUACCGCGGAUGUUAGUACAUCUCCAGGUACUGGUGGCAGUAAUAUCGUCGAUGAAUUGGCUGAUUUACGUAGGCAGGUUGUCUUUUUACAAGGCCAAGUAGAGGAUAGAGAUCGAACUAUUCAAGUAUUACAGUUCCAAAUAUCAAAACUUCAAGGACCUAAUAGUGACGGCCAAACAUGUGCUUUAACCAGUAAUUACAAAAACCUUUUUUCCUCAAAUACUUGCAACGCUACUACGCAAACAGAGAAGGUACGUUUACAAUUGACUAUCUUUGAUAAGAUAUUAUUUAUGGUACGAAAAAUCUAGUGUUACAAUGUUAUCGUGCAACUCAUCAAUUUUCACAUUUCUCGAUCCUGUCUGAUCCGGCGAGCAAACGAGUAUAAAUCAAAUUCCAUUCAGAUAAUAUAAGUUAUUUAAAAAAAAGAGUAAUGUAUGAUAUUUUGAAGUACAAUCGGACGAGACAUAUCUUAUUCAAUUUUCACGAAUUAAAAUCUACCAAAUUCUACGUCUAUGCUUUAAACGUGUAAUAUUAUAAAUGCUUUUCUGUAAACGAAUAAUUCCCAUUUAGACUCCUUUGCCCGCCAUCAAAGAGUUACACUCGAAAUAUUUCAACAAUCGAAGAAUCAAUAUUUUUUUGCUUCACGUGUCAAAAGCACACAUAGCAACGUUGAAGAGGGAUUUUCUCUUCAAAAAUGGCACAAAUGGCAAAGUUUUGCAAAAUGAUUUUUAUUGUGCACAUUAGUUGAACGUUUCAUAAUAGUACAUAUACGUUUUAUAAUUUAUAAUUCACGUUAGUUAUAAAUUGUUUUUUAGUAAAAGUAUAAUUACUUUUAAAUUGCGUAAUUUCACUUAACAUUAUUCACAGCAGUAUUUAUAGAAAAUCGUGUUAUUUAUUUGCUAAAACUUAUACUAAAUUCACUUGGUUAAUGACAAUUUUAUUUAGGAAAUUCCAGAAAUUUGUUGUAGUAUUCGUUAUAUAUAAUUUUAGUAAUUUCUUAUAAUACACAAUUCAAUAUUGAAAUCUUGCAUUUAAUUAUACAAGAGGUUGUCAGUCUGUUCCAAGAAUCAUUUACUCUAUUUUUCAAACUUUCGAAAGUUGUAAAUUUUUCAGUAAAAUUAUAAAAUAUACAAUUUUAGUCAAAGCUGAUUGAAAUAUCAACAUGUUCUUCCGGAUCUCAUGAUAUCACUCAUCUUACAUAAUCUAUAUACCAUACAUGAUACAUAAUUUGUACUAUAUUUAUACAAUAUUAUUCGUACUAUACACAUUUAAUCCUUUCUUUUCCAAACUAAUUUUUGCCUAUUUUACGAUAAACAAUCGAAUUCUUUACGGUUGUCUACGUAACAAUAUGUCUACAAAUGAAUUUUUAUGUUAGAGCUUGUUAGAGCUAGAUCCAUAUAAAAUUUAUAUCUGAUGAAAUAAAAAUAUAUCUGUAAAAAUAAAGAUAAAUUAUGGAUGAUAAAUGAUUUAAAAAUAAUCGACAAAUAUAUCCAUAAGGUCAUAAUUAAUCCUAAGACAAUCAAUAUCUUUGAAAUGUUCGAGUAACUAAAAAAUUACAUAAAUAACACAUAAAAAUAUAUGCAUUUUUUAAAAUUGCUCUCUCACGAAAUACGAGAAGUAUGAUUCAUCAUUGUUUCUUCAUUGUGACUUUCAAUUUUACGUGAAAUGCAAUUGAGUUCUUUGUCUAGAAUUCUAUGAUUGAUUUCUGAUGAAGGUAAUUUCACUUCUUAAUUCUAAAUACAUAGCCAUAUUGCUACCGUGGGAACGAAAGGAUAAACGUCUUCACACGUAUAUACAAUUUCGACUUUCAAUUUAUUACGAGCACAAAUACAUAUAAACGUCGUAAAAUUGUUGAUUGAAUAUGUCCAAAUAUUUUCAACCAUAUCAUACCACAUUAUUAGAUAUUAUCUAAAUAUUAUCUUAGAUAGAAUUAUAUAUAUUAUCUAUUAGAUAAUAUUCUAUAGAUAAUAUUCUAUAAUAUUCUAUAGAUAGAAUUAUAGAUAUUAUCUAUUAGAUAGAAUUAUAUAGAUAUUACAUAUUUAUAUUAUUAUUGUUAUUAUUUUGUUAUUAUACUUUUCAAAAUAACAUUAACAUUACAAAUAAUACUAUAUACAAUAUAUUUAUAGUUUUCUCAAUUAUCAAUACUAUUUUAACAAAAAAAAAUACUAUUUUAACAAAAAAAAAUACUAUUAUUUUACUAUUUGUUAUAUUGUUUAUUGUUAUAUUAUUUAUUUAUUUAUUUAUUUAUUGUUUGUUUGAUUGUGGAUAUAGACACGUCCAGUGUCAGCAGGGCCAUCACUUCUGCAAACACUCCCACAGGAAGAUGUUAUGGGAUCUCUAGUUAGGUGA